UCUGACAGCAUUUGGAUCAACACCACAGGCUGUGUGUCAUAGUUAAUAUGUAACACUCAGAGCACACUUGCACUUUGGUUCCCCAAAUAAUAGAUGCUGCUUUCAGAUGUAAUCUUGCCCAAGCUGAAUGGUUGUGCAGCAAAACUUUCCCAGACACAAAUAAUGAUGGUAAACAAAAUGAAGAUGGCAUUUGUUUUUAUCAUAACCUACAUGUGCUUCCUCGCUCCUGUCCACCAAGCAAAACGUCCAAGCGCCACCAUUUCGGAUCUGUCCCUCAAAAAUAUGGAUUUUGCUAUGAACCUUUACCAGGAAAUAUCCAGUUACCACGACAAGAACAUCUUCUUCUCACCUCUGAGCAUCUCCACCAGUUUUGCUGCCCUCUUAAUGGCUUCUGAUGGUGCCACACGUGAAGAAAUACUCAAGGCAUUCAAGCUGGAUCAGCUGGAGCGGGCCGACCAGCCCGAACUCAUUCCACAGCUGUUCGAGCUCCUUCAUGAGAACAUCACACAGAAUGGAUCGCUGAAAGUGGACGAAGCCAUGGCCCUCUUCAUCCAGCAGCAUUUCGACAUAGAGCAGGCUUUUGAGGACCGAAUCCAGAAGUUUUUUCAUGCGGACAUCAAAAGCCUAAACUUUACAGACACAAAGCAGAGUAUCAGUGUCAUCAAUGAGUAUAUAAGGCACAUGACUGAGGACAAAGUGACAAACAUGAUUUCCACUCUUAAUGAAAUGACCGAACUCAUGUUAAUCAACACAAUUUUCUUCCAGGGAGGUUGGGAGAUGCCUUUCAAUGCCAAUUUCACACGAAAUGACUCCUUCUACAUUGACAACUAUAAUAUUGUGCAAGUGCCGAUGAUGUUUAAAGAGGAUAAGUUCUACACAAUGGAAGAUGUUGUUCUUGGUGUCAAAGUCCUGAAACUAUCAUACAAGCAAGGUAUUUCCAUGCUUAUCGUGCUACCCAACAAAGGUGUCGACUACACUGUCAUUGAUGAUGAGAUCACCACUGAAAGGUUCCUCAGCUGGAUCAAAAAGCUGGAAAAAACGAAACUGGAGAUAAACAUGCCCAAAUUCAAGAUGGAGCAGUCGUAUCAUCUGCACAAUCUUCUACCCCAUAUGGGUGUUGCCAGUAUCUUCAAUUAUUCAGCCAAUUUGACAAGGCUGAGUAAGAACAAAGGCCUCAAACUGUCAGAGGUGCUGCACAAGGCUGUGAUUGAGGUGGAUGAGAAAGGGACCACCGCAGCAGCUGCUACAACAGCUGGCAUUAUUGCAUAUUCCUUACCAAGGACCUUCUACAUCAACAAACCAUUUUUCUUCUUCAUAUACCACGAAGACACAAACUGUCUGCUGUUCAUGGGCAGGGUGAUUGACCCCAGCAAAUACUAACAGUCAUGACUGUACGGUUCAAGGGUAGAAGUGUUUGCACAUGACACUGUGUUUAUUCAGGUUUCUAAAAACCUGUUUUGAUGUAUUUUUUAAUCUCAAAUUUGGUUUGAAACCUAUAUGUGAUCCAUAUUAAUAAAGACUUAACAUUACUGUGCCUUUUAUUUUUUAUUUAUUUUUUCAUUUUUAUUUUUAUAUUUUUUGCAUUUAAUGAGUAACAAAUUAUUCCAGCUUUCAAGUUAUACAAAAUUAGAACAAUAUUGGGUACAUAAAUGAGACAGCCACAGUAAUUCAAUCAUUUUAAAUAUAUUAAAUAAACAAACAUAUUACUCCAAAGGAUCAAUACACUGCUGAACUUCUGAAAAAGACCCAUAAUUAUUCAUUAACCCGUAACUAUCAGUGACUUAUUUAUAAUUGCAUGCAGAUAACUCAUGAUCAUGGUCCUUGUUAAUGACAUUAUUGCUAUAUAUAACUGUAAAAAUGAAAGUUUUGUUGUUGUUUUUUUUUUUUUUUUUUUUUACAUUUUAUUAAACUUGCUUUGAGGCAUGACUGCAGAUUUGAUGGCUUAUUAGAAAGUGGAGAAACUCGUAACCAUAUUAGCACGUAUAACUACAGAAAUGACUGUUUAUUACCUUGUAUUUUAGACAGUAGUUUAGACAGUUUUGAUGACUUGUUAGAAAAUGAGAAACUCAUGAGCCUUAAUUAAUGACUUAUUGGUUAAUACCGCAAGAUAUUUCUGUGUUUAUUAACCAUCAAUAAAUCCCAAUGACAAUUUAUAAGCCGUUUAUUAAGG